CACAGGUUCGGGUAUUAUUGUUGCAGUGCCUUUUUUCCCCUUUUUCAGCGCAUUUGACCCCAGAUCAUGACUUUCGACGAGAAACUCGUCCUUCUUCUCAGCCUUCUUCUCAGCCUCCAUUUCUUCCCAGAUACUAAGCUUUUUCUUCUUUUUCUCCUUCUUCUCAUUGCCGAAGCCGAAGUCGAAAGCUUCGUCUUUCUUUUCCCCAGGCUUCUCAACGGAGAUUAUUGGCUCUUCAGCCUUGGAAUCUGCUCUAGUUUCAUCAGAUCCGCCAAAGCUGAACCCCGCCUUGUCCUUCUUGGUAGAACUAGGCUUGCUGAGACUCCAAGCACUGCCGCUGUCGAUUUCAUUUUUCUUGUCUUCUUUAGAUUUAUCGGCGUCUUUAGGUGCAAUCCAGCUGCUCCAUGCGCCAGUAGCCAAUCGACUACCCCACGUACUGAGAAGAUUCGACUUGGGUUCCGGCGUACUGCCGCCAGAAUUGAUAUCUAGCGAUGGUCCAUGGUCAUCUAGCUUGAUCUCGUGGAAUGUAUCAGGCUUGGGAGCAAUGUCUAUAGGUUCUGCCCCCUUCUCAACAAUUUUCUUGUCUUUCUUCUUUUUCUUCCCGGCAGUCUCGAAGCCACCCAAGGCAUCACCUGGUUCAUCCUUCUUGGUUUCUUUUUCCUUCUCCUUCUCCUUCUCCUUUUCCUUCUCUCUUUCCCUCUCCUUCUCCAUUUCUUUUUCCUUCUCCCUUUCCUUCUCCUUCUCUUUUUCCUUCUCUAUUUCUUUCUUUUUUUCUUCAUCUUUCUUAUCCUUAUCGCUACCUUUUUUAUUACCAUCCCCAUUACCAUCGCCAUCACCACCUGCAUCUCCGCCAGACUUUGCCGCAUCGCCGUUUUUAUCUCCAUCACCACCUCCACCGGCACCGGCACUGGUACCGUCGUUGUUUUGUGACUGUUCUGCCCAAUUGAACGCAGGCGCGGUCUUCUUCUUCUUUUUAGCGUGUUGGAUAAUGCCAGCCUCGGAAAAGAAGUCCAAGUAUGACUCAGUUGUCGGGUCGUCAAUCAAUGAGCCUUUGCGUUGCUCGCGACGUCGGCGUGAAUCAUCCAAUGACGGAGGAGAGCAGUUCGUUGAGUGGGAUGGGUUUCGCUGGCAAGCAGCAUCACCACUUCGAGUUGGAUCGACCAGGUUUUCAGGGGGUAGAGAAUCUUCAUCGCGAUGUUUCGAUAGUCGUCGUGAUCGUUUCGGAGUUGGAUCGGGUAAUACUAGUGGCUUAAAGAGGCGACUAGAUUCCCAGUUCUGUUCCAAUGAUAGUGCAGGUGCUGCUAAAAUCCACGCUCUUGCGAUAACUUCCAAUCGAGUUUGUAAUUCUAAUUCAUCCCACAGAGGAACGGCUAUCGCCGUGGAAGGUUGGAUAUGUGGCUGACCACAGGCGUUUCUUGUCACGCCUGCGCAGAAUUCCGUAACUACGGCCGCAGCCAUAUUGAGAUUGAAAACUCGACUGGUCGCAAUAGGAUAAGAGACUCAUGGACGCUAAGAUAUCGUCUUCGACGGACUGGACAAAUAACAGAAGUUGAUUUAAGCUGUGUUGUUAGUUCAACAGUUUGGGGGAGAGGGGGGGGAUAUUUUAGGAGCGAAAAGGUAAAAGGUGAAAUCGAUAACCUGUCUAUUCCUACAGCCCUAGGUUUAGGGAUUUUAUUAGUAUCUAGCCGGAAGAAAGAUGGUGGUGGUGAUAAGUCGAAUUGGGGGUUUCGAAGACGUUGCAAUCGUUAAAUCGUUGUCGGUUGACAAAGCGCAAUUAGAGGGUCCAUAUGGUUAGAAGUCCCGAGCUUCCAACUUGGUGCAGAAGGUUGCAAUCUAAGUAAUUGGGUAUCUUCGUCUCCUACCCCGUUCAGCCCUCUUGUCUGUGCCGGGGGAGAAAGAAAAAAGACUGUGUUCUUGUGCAACACAAUGAUGGAUAUAAAAAAAGCAAGGGGUAGGUACAAU